AUUCAGGAUGAACUUAAGAAUCUUAUUUCAACAGUCUUCAAACUUAUUGAACAGUUGCUGAAUGAAGUUGCCGAUAUUCUUCAAAGUCUUCCAGAUGUUUUAGGAGAUUUAUCUAAAAUCGUGGAUGACAAAAAUCUAACAUCUGUUGAGAAGAUCGACGCUAUCAAUCAAUUGAGAGGAACAAACAAAAUUGAACUCAAUACAAUCAUCUUCAUUAUCACUCAACUCCUCAACGGAGGAGCACUUCCAGAACUUCCACCAACCCCAGUCAAUGUUUAA